UCGGUCUGUCGGUCUGUCGGCGAUGGUGCUGGCGGCGGUGCGGGGCUGGGCGCUGGCGGCGCUGGCCCUGUUAGCCCCGGGCCCGGCGGAGCGCAGCCGGCCCUACGCCGUGCUGCAGAAGCAGAACCUGGUGCUGCUGGGCAGCAUCCUCAGCGCCCUGCUGCUCACCAUCAUCCUCAUGGCCAUCUGCGUCUACAAGCCGGUCCGGCGGCGGUAACCGAGCGGGACCCGGUGGGUCCGUCGUGGAGAAGCGCUGCUGGUCCCGCCUGGUUCUCCCGCCUGGCACCCAGCCGUCCCACCGCCUCCCCUGCCCGCAACCGGGGACGCCCCGAUGUUGCACGCACGGCUCUUCAUCCACGCAACAUCGCGUGGCUCCAUCGGGAACGGCUCUUCAUCCACGCGACAUCGGUGGCUCCAUCGUGACGUCACUUUCGAUGACAGUAUGGCCGGGUGCUGGAAAUCACACCCCAGUCCUCCGCAAACUUGACCCCUGGACCUCCCGGGAAUGCGUCCACAACAAACCUGGUUGGGUUUGAGCAGGGUCUGUAGCAACACACCUUCCUCCCAAAACGCAGUGUUUCAGCGAGGCUGAUCCGACAUGACGCACUCAAGAGCAUCCCUGGUGUGUGUGUGUGUGUGUGUGUACCUGGAGCCUGGGGAGGCUGCGGGGAGCUCGACUGGCCAUGACGCCCAUUCCGAUCAGUGCCCAGGGAACCAAACCUCCGGGUCGGCACAAGAACCAAGCCAGACUACCGACAUCACCGUCUGACAAGCAGGCCCACGGGCUUGAUUACACCACAUCUGGUUUUGCUUUUUGAUUAAUUUGGUUCCUUGCUUGAAUGCUGAGUCUUGAGGGUUUGUAGCGUAGCCUUCAAAUACAGUCCAAAGGCAAAAGCUCAGCCACCUACCACAGCUGUGGGGGUCUGGUAUGUGCUUACCUCUGAGCAGAAAUACUGAAGCAUGAACAGAUCUGGUGUAGCUGUUCAGGGACAGGCUUGUCAUUCCUCAUGUUAUUUGCUUUAACUCUUAGGUAAAUACCCCCAAGAAGCUUUGCACCAAAACCGCCAUGCUGAACCUGUUCCAAACUGGGGAGUGGGCGAGGGUUUCCAGCUUGUGCUGAGCACUCCUCUCCUUGCAGGUGGAUUUGUGCUCCCGAGCAGGUUACUGUCCUACUGGAAACGGGAGCCUCCAAAAGUCUGCAAGCCAGGCAGAUGCUCAAGACUGCUGGGCUCAGGCUCUCUGGAAGUUCAUUGUGUUUAAGCUCCGGACAGACCUGUUCUAUGCAUUUUCAGUAAUGAAUUCAAGGGUUUACACUGAAAUCACACUUGCAUAUGAAUGCUGCUAUUUUGUUUUGCACUGCUAUGAGUAGUAACUGGAUUUUGCUUAUUAAGUAUUACUUUGGUAUUUAACAUAGGGGUGUUUUGGCUAGUAAUUUAUUAGUGUUUUAAAACUUAACUUCUAGAACAAUUGUGUUGACUCAUUCUCUAAAAUGUUAUGCUGCAUCUGACAUGUUUUCUGUUCACUCUGUUUUAAAGGACACUGACCACUCUCAUUGCAAUGGGGGAUUUUCUUUGCUGCUGCUCUAUUAGUAAAGUGGCAGUAGGAGGCUGGCCUAGAACAGAUCUAGUUGCUAAUCUAAGUGAAACAGAAGUGAGGAAGCAAGGUAACACUUCUAUUGCUUUCUGGUCCUUUUCUUUUUGAUCACCGGCCCUGUAUCACUGACUUUUCUUGGUCCUUCAUCUGAUGUAAAAGUUGGCCUGUAGCUGUGUGCUGUUCACAGGGGGGUGGAUGCUGUAGCUUGCAGCUACAGCUCUGAGUUCCCGGGAGCAGCAUUCUUGUUUGCGUUCAUUCUUCACUCCCUGCUAUGUCCCUUUGUACAAAUAAAAAGCUAAGUAAACAA